AAUGUACUCCAGUAUCACGUGACAUAGGUAGCUCCCUUUGUCAUUAUCCGAUUCACAGUCUUUUAACUGACGGUGGCGUCUACUGCAGAAAGACAAAGGGGUAGAGGGGUCAGAUGCGGUGGACGUUAUCAACACUGUUGGUCGGUGCUACAGAUAAACAACUGCUGGUCCUAAGGAAAUGUAACUUUCUGAGUGGAUUAACACCUUAAUUUAUUACAUACGAUGGGGGUAGAGCAGCUGUGUGUUUUUUGUGCUCAACUGUUGAAGGACUUCGUUGCACUUGUGCGAGGGGUUACGUCAGACUUUGCACAGAAAAUAAGGGACUGUGUGGAUGCUAUUAGCCAGUGUUCCUGCUUGAAAAGGAAAAAAGCCGCGGCCAGUAAACUAUACAAGCCUGUUCUUCAGCAGCAUGAAAGACAAGCAGCACAGAAAUUUCUGCAACACCUGGACACAGGUACUGACAAACCACUGCUUGACAAUGAUUGUCUACAUGCCCUGAGGACUUUAGCUGUUUCUGAAAACCCUAAUCUACAACAGUCAGCUGCUAUAUACUAUUUACACAUUAGUCAACAGUUGAAUGCACCAUUGCCUGUUGAGUUUUUGGAGCCUUACAAUGCUUUGCUCCAGUCCAGCGAUAUGGAGGUGCAGAGGAUCACUUCGCUGUCUCUUGUCAAUCUUUUGGUGGAGGAAAAUGUGAACAAAGAGUUAGUGGUUGAAAUGGGGAUGCUGGAGCCAAUACUGGAACUUUUGGAGUCUGGAGACCCUACUGUCCAGUGUAACUCGUGUGCAUGUGUGGCCACCCUCACAACUUCAGAAUCAAACAGAGAAGCAAUUGCAUCUGCUGGUGGAGUUUUGCCAGUGCUGGUGCUUGCAAAGUCCUAUGAUCCACGGGUGCAGCAGAAUGCUGUCGGCGCCGUACUGAAUCUCACCCGAUCAGAGAGGACUAGAGAGGUUUUGUGGAGGGAAGGUGCCUUGCCUGUUCUUACAAUUCUUCUAGAGUCUGCCGACUCUGAAGUUCAGUAUUACAGCUGUUCUGCCCUAAGCAAUUUUGCAACUAAUCCUGAGUACCACCAGAUGAUGCUUCAAGUAGGGGACCGGUUCCUGCUCAAGGCACUGCUCUCCUUAAUGUCUUCCUCUGUUCAAAAGAUAUGCUGCCAAUCGUGCCGUUGCCUCAGAAACUUAUCAGUUAAUGUAAAUACCCAAGAGGCGCUUGUGGCUAUGGGCUGCAUUCCUCAGCUGAAGGCUUUGCUCAGGUCCUCCAGUGAGCCUGUGUCAGAAUCAGCAGUCACUCUCCUCAGUGCCCUGUCAGAACACCCCCCCAAUAGGGGUGCCUUAGUGGAUGAAGGCUUUUUGAAGAUUCUGAAAGAGCUACUUAGUUACAGAACCAAUCCAGUAAUCCUCAGCCACACUACAUAUACCAUCAGGAAUCUGAGCUCCAGUCAGAGUGUUCAGGCUGUAAUUGACAGCGAGUGUGUAGAAGGAUUGCUCCAGACUCUUGCUUGUACGGAUACUACAGAAGAAUCCCUGCUUUGGGUCACUACCUGUGUAAAAGAGCUUACAGCGCUUGAAUCACUGAAAUCACACAUAGCUGAAAAAUUGAAUUCUGAGCUGGUAGGACGUCUCAUCGGUUUGGCUGGCCAGUUGGAAAAUACAGAGUUAUCGUUUCACGCUGCCUAUAUUAUCGGCCAGCUUGAACCAAAAGAUGAAGUUCGGCAGUCUUUAAAGCCUCACAUCAGUGAAGUUUUGGGAUACCUGCUACGAUUUCUGAGUCACCAAGAAGUUAGGUUCCAGCACCUAGGAAUACUCACCCUCUGCAGGCUCAAUGAAGAUGCCAACUUUUCAUCAGCUAUUGGACUAAGCCCUUUAGUGGAACAACUUCAGAGGUUCCAGCAGCAAACAGAAGAAACGCAGGCUCUUUUGAGGAUGGCAAUGCACUCAAUGAACAGAGGAGGACAGGGACAUUAAUGACCACGUCUCCCAGUGAAUCUUUUUUCAAUUUUUACUUUAACAAUGUGUUAUCUAUUGUGCUUGUGUUUUAUCAGUUGUUAUUUUACAUUUGUCAGCAGAUCUGCUCUUAAUACAUUUUUUAAAUCUGUUUUUUGCCAAGACUAAAAAUCACAAAAUCCAUGAACCGUAUUCCUUCGAAUUUAAGACACACUUUUUAAACCAAUUUUUUUUCUUCUAAAAAAAUAGCCUGCAUAUUAAAUUCAAGUAUAGUGAUGUGUGUGUUAAAAUUGAUACAGUAAUUCAAGUACUUAUUACAAGGGAAAAGAUUUUAGAUUCAAUUGAGAUGGGGGAAAUUAUUUAUUUUCCCCUCCGAUGUGGUGUUCAAAUGCAUGUAGUAGAUCUUGCAGAGAGGUUUGGUAGGAUGUACCCCUUAAAAACAUUUUCCUUAAUCAGAAUCAAAACUUGCAUGAUAUUAAAUCUGCCAACUGAACCACAAAAAAAAGAAAUGCUAUGAAUAGACAAGUGUACCUCCCAAUACUGAAGGAAUACAAAUCUAAUAUUACAGAAUUGAGACGAAGAAAUUGUGUGUCACAGAUCAUUCAGUAUAAUGGUGAAUCAAAAUGACAAGCAUCUUUUCACCAUAGUUACAAACUGAUUGGUUAGUGUUCAGUAUCUCAGGUUGGCUUCACAAACUGCAGAUAAUAGGGAUGGGUUGGUGGUAUGUAGUCCUUUUUUAGUGUUUUUCUUAGUUUGAGAUUAAUUUUAUGUAUGCAAAUACAGCAUGGUAUUGUUCAAUUU